CAAGGUUGCGAGGUAAUUGAAAUGGAUUUUUCGUUUAUGUGAUGUGAUGUGUUCGGUCCUGCAUACAGCGAGAUUACUGCUGUUAUUGAAUUUAACAUUGCACAUACGAAGGUUGACAGGUGUAUCCCCGGAUAUCUAUACUGACCCAAAUGAAUUGGCUUUUGAAGUUUAUAGUUCAAAUGAUACUCUGGAAAAGUCUUUCUUCCUCAUACAACCCGCUACGGAGGGUUCUAUCAUAGCACAUCUAGGUUCGCUAAAUUCCACUCACGUUUACAAGAUGGCCAGUAUAAAUGUCUUUCUAAAUACUUACGUAAUUUUUGUAUACAGGUCCCAAAGCUCUCCCAUAUAUGGGCUUUGUUCACUUGAAAAUAAUUAUCUUAUUGCACAGCAAAACAUUUACAUAUUGUGUACUUUUCGUGUAUAUAUUCAGUCAUUUGAUUCUCAUGUCUUCAGUAAUUCAUCAUGUACUAUUCGAACAGUCAAUGAGUCUGAAUGCGCAGCCAAACUCGACUUGGAUUUUGUAAGAAUGCAAUUUCGCACACAUAUGACUGAAUCUCUAACCAUAUUAGUCAAAUACAACGCAACAGCUUAUCAGGUAAAUUACACAGAACCCUAUUUUCAUUAUGUGGAACGGUCGGAUAUAACACACUCUUUGAUUCAUCAGUCGCAAAUACUUCCUCCUGUAACGGCUAUCCAUAAGCCUGAUUUUGAAUGGAAUAAUAUUAACUAUGGAGUUUCACAUAUAUCGCUGGUUCAGAUAGGCAUUCCUGGUCUUCGUUUAAACCAUGAUUUUCCUCUGAGAGUAGCUAUCAAUAGGAGCUCUCAGAUUCAGGAAUUUCGGUUGGGAAUUCAAUUUGGCCCAACUAUACGCUUUGUACGACCUAAAGCUUCAAAAUUCUGGGGUGUUAAAGUGAUACCCAAUCAGUAUGGUGUUAAUAUAAGAUUUCGUAACAGAAAGCCAGAUAUGAUGCAAAAAUUGGGAGGACAGAAUAAUGAUAGAAGUUUUAUGACUGUGGCUGAAAUAAUUAUGGAAUAUACUGCUCAAGAGAAACAUUCACAUGGAUCUAGUUUCAAUAAUGUCAAUAGUGUUGGAGUUAGUUCCAAUGGUAUUAGUAGUAGUGGUAGUAGUGGUAGCAGUGUAACAGUUCCACUGACACAGUUCCAAUCGGAUCGAUUAAAUAACAAUGAUUUGCUUGGAGUGGAUAAUGAAGUAUUUUUAGAAAACUUAUCUAUUGACUCUGAAUCAGAUUUCAAUGAAGAUUAUCAGAAUAUGGAAAAUAACAAUCCUGGUAUCAAUAAACAUACUACUAAUAAUAAUAAUUUUAUUGAUAAUAAAGAUUAUUCAUUUACAAAACAACCAAUUAUUCAAGUUAAAUUAAUUCAUUUUAUACAUCAGUUAAAUUCUACUAAAAUCAUUCCUAAUUCAUCGAAUAAUUUCAUUAAUUUAAAUAUACCACGUGCAUUGAUCCAGUCAAAUAAUAUGCAUAUUUUUGUUCAAUUUGAGCCUCGAGAUAUAAUAGAACCGCCAUGGUUUCCUGCCAUAUCAACUCCUGAACCACGCAAAUUACGUAUUAUUGGAUUGAUACCAGAACAGUAUUCAGGUAUUUCGGAUAAUCAAAGAUCCUAUGAGUUUACACUGAGUAAACAUUCAGCUGGUCGACUUGUUGAUCUGACACGUUCGGUAUUUUGUAGACCGUCUACAACACGUGGACUAAGUGAUACUUUGGUAGAUGCCAUCAUUUCAUCAAGUCCAGCUUGUUCGAUUUCUAUGAGACAAGCACCAUCAGAAAUAGAAAAUAUCAACCCUCCUUUUAAUGAUGGUUUCCUACGUGAUCUAAAGCCUAAUAUGCUCACCAAGGUUUCUGGAGGAUUAGGAAUGCGUUUUGGAUGGAAUGAUCAGCUAGUAUUAGCUUUACCAUCUUCCUUAGAACAAACGUAUCACAUACCUAUCGCACCAAGCAUAUACGGUCCUAUUUCACUUGAUACACAAUGGUCGUGGAGAGAUUGGCGUGGACCAACUGUCAGACGUUGGAUGCUGGAAGGAUUUCAAAUACAUACAACUAAAAGAUUGCUCAGAAAAAUUAUUUCUUGGAAAAUCCCCUAUAAUUCUGUAUCGAACAGUAACAACCCUGGACUCUAUCCUCAAACAGCCAAUGAAUCUUUUGCUGGAAUGGAUCGUUAUGAACAAACUAUGAUUACAGUUACAGCAAGAAUUUAUACAAUGAAACCUGGAACAGGUCAGCGAAUUUAUUUAGGCUCUUCUUCAUUCACUGAUAAACAACACGCUUCAUCAUCAUCUUUUUCAAUGCCAUCAUUUCAUAAUGAAUUUCAUACACAUGAAGAUGGUACCGGUGAAUUGAUGUUCGACAUUACAAGAUUACUACCUUCUUGGGCUUUAAUUGUUAAACCAGUGAAAUCUCAUCAAUCAUCUUCUAAAUUCGAUACACUGCCUGCAGCUUAUUUAUAUCGAGAUAAUUUUAGUGGUAGACCUUAUUUAAUUGGUAGAUGCCCAGGAAAAGUUGAAUUGAGUUUAGUUGCAACACUUGGUGAUUUUCAACCAUUAGCUACACUAUUAAUAGAUGUAAUCGACUUUGAAAAUCUUGCUGUUGAUAAAUCAAAUUCCAUGCAUACAAAUGAAAAUGUUGAUAUUGUAGCGUUAAAAGCAGAAUGCAUUGACCCACAUUUAGAACUAUCUGGAAGCCUUAAUCCAGCAACAACCGGCAGCUCUGAGAAUUUAUUAUUUGAUUAUGGUUCUCAGGAUAUAUACAGCAAAAAAUAUAAUUCAUUUGACGAUAAACAUGAUGGAAUACGAACGACAACAAUUCAGGAUUACAGUCUUCCGAACCCUCAUCGACUAAAUAUUAAUCUCAUUGGAAAAAGUCCAAACAGUGUGAAACUGGUUACAGCAGCAGCCUCAUCUACAAUUAGACACCCACAAUCUUUUAAAUUUAAGCUAAUUCAAACAGAUCAAAACACUCCUAUAAUUAUGGAUACUGUUGGAUCAUCAGUUUCUACCGCUGUGUGCCCGAUCCAUUUGUUAGUAAUCAAUAUAAUUUUGUCUGAUGGCAGCAUGAUUGGUGCACAUACUGUGCCUAAAAAUCAACUAAGGAUAUCAUCUUAUGGAUCAAAGUAUGUUUGGGAUCCUGCGAUGUUAAUGCAACCAGUAGACGAUGAAAGAGAAUAUGCACAGAAUAUAACUGUACCCAUAAACAGUUUAAUUAUUUGGCCAGCAAUCUUAACAGACACCAAGGACAAAAUGUUUCAUUCACUGCCACUAGCCAUAAUGGACGAUGUGUUUGUUCAUAUCAGGAAAUCAGGAAUGGUUCAAGAUCCUGGAAGUCCACAGAAUGCAUCAUAUUGGUUCAGUAAACAGAAAAAAGAUAGAAUAUCUGAAAGCAUGUUCAAGGAAGAUGAGCAAAGAAAGGACAGUUCACCGUCGUCAUCAAACAGUGGAUCAUGGCUUCAAUUUAGUACUUUAUUAUCAAUGAGCAAUAAAGACAAUUCUUUCAAAUCAAAUGAUUCAAAAGAUCAAUUUACACAAACUGUUCCAUUAGCAACGUACAUUUUAGUGACUGUUGGUUGUUCGGCAAUAUUUCUUUUAAUUGUAACUUGUUCAAUUAUUAUCAUUCUUCGUAAAAAGCAUUUGAGACAAUUAAAAAUGGAGAAUAAAGCUCAUUUCAAUCUACUUCCAAGUUAUCAAGGUAAUUUUGACAAAAAAUUAGAUAGAUUUGACUCAGAUGAACCAAAUGACAUUGGUGAUAGAAUUCUCAAUGGUCGAUUACCUGUUUCUCAUAUGACACCAUCUACUGGAGAUCAUUCUCAGCAACUAAAUAUAACAUCUUCAUUUUGUAACAUAAAUUCUGCAGAACCAUUGAUUACAGGGGUCUGUGCAGCGGGUUCCUCACCACGAUGCCUAGAAAGUAGAACGCAGCUGGUACCUGGACGCAGUUGCAGUAGUAUGGGGAGUGUGAAUAGUGGCACAUUUAUUAACAACAAUGUUAAGCGAUCUAUGAUUAUGGAAACGACUGCAAAUCCCUAUUUCAUAUGUUCAGAAUCAUCAUCAUCAGGCAGAGUGCAACACGUUUCGCAAAGCAGCUGUUCUACAAAUUUAUCUCCAGUUAAUACUCCACCUGCUAUAAUGAAUUAUCAAAUGGUUUAUAAUAAUCCCACUUCACGAGAAAAUUGGAAUACACCACCGACAAAUCUAUCGAUUCAUUCCGAUCAUCAUUCUAAAAGUUUGUAUUAUAAUAUGGGAAAUAUGGAUCAGUGUGUAUUGUGGUCUACAAAUCAUCAUCUCGACGGACAGCCAUGUAAUGCCGAUUACACUAGUGGUCUUGGUUCCGUUGGUACAGCCGAAGGUUGUAGUGACGAAGGUGUAGCAUCUGGCAUUGAAGUGAAUAGCAUGUCCCAAGAACUAAAUAACAACAACACAAAUGGAGUUAGUUGCUUUCUUGGUUCAAUGAAGUAUCAACAACAAAGACAAACUCCCAACGGUCACCGUUCAGUCACUGAUAGUGUCAGUGGUGUGGUAAAUAACAGUGGAAACAGUUUCACAAGAAAUCAGUCAGCAAAAUAUAAAAACAGCCUACUAAAUGGAACUAUUCUUGAUAGUUCUGGUGUUUGUAUGGGUGGUGGAAGUUUAAGUGGAACUAGUAGUGGAGGAGAUAUAUCUGAAUAUAGACAAGAUAGAGGUUACGCAGGAUCACGUCUUUAUAAUAACAGAGAUAUGAAUAGUAGAUCUAGUCACAUCAUGUGUAGUCCAACAAAAGAAAUAGAUACAGAUUUGAAUUCAGUUUCCAGUUUAAAAAAUCCACAAAGAGUUGUUGAUAUGACAUGUGAUUGUAGGUCGAGUUCAUCACCAAAAAAUGCACAUAUGUUCGAAAGUUUCUCAAACUUUGGAGCUCAUGUAGAAAAAAGCGAAAAUAUAAGUGAAAAAUCUCCGAAAAGCACAAUGGUUUGUGAUAAUAACGUUUCGAACACUAAUCGACGUAUAACUUCACAAGAUGAUUCAUAUAAUAAACAAGAUGCUAACUUCUGUUCGAAUACACACGACCUAAAUUCGAAAAGUAAUAUCAGUGGUGAGGAGAAUGAUGGAUUUACUCUUCAUGUACCCCCUAUGAUGUUGCUAAAUAAUCGGGUCACUUCAGAGUUUGUGACACGGUCAUCCAUAAACUCACCAAUAAUGCCUAAUCGUUCAUACGAUUCACACGUACAGCCAAAUUCAUUUAAUUCAAAACAACCAUUAUGUGGUUAUAAAAGAAGUGACAGUUUUGGUAUGGCCACUCAUAGAAUACCUGUAGCUUCAGUUGAAUGUUAUAAAAGUAAUGACUUAACUCAAAAGUCGGCUUAUAAUUUAGAUGAGUGUAAAUUUGUUUACGAUAAACAAAAUCUCUUUCAUCGAGAUUCUCUCACAAUGUUUGGUGCAAUCGACGAAAUGAUUGGUGAUGUCUCUGAUAUUGCUGAUGAAGGGAUAAUCCCACAGAAAUCUGUUAUUAAACAAGAAGAAAUAACAAGUAGUGGUGAGAGUAAUACCAAAAUGAGUGGGAUCUCCUAUUUGUACAAAAUACCGCCUCCUGAAGUUUAA